CUCCCCUGCAAAGCCCCCCCCCCUCCCCAUGGCCGACUCGCUCCUCAACCACUCCUGGCCGUCUUUCUCUAGGCGAUGGAUGAAAAGGUGGUCCUUCAAGCGAGGGUCUGAAUGCAAGCCGGCAGCGCAGGAUUUCCCCGGCAGCCGGACCAUCCCGGCCUCGGGUUGCAGCAGCCCAGACACCUUGUCCCCGUCCUUGACCGUUGAGGAUGAGGUCUUCUUCGGCAGCAUGGCAGAGGAGAGGGAGGACACCUCCUCUCCAGAACAGGACGCCUCCCCGGGCACGAUCCACAGCAGUGCGGAGGACCUCCUCUCGAUAGACUCGGCUCUGCAGGGCUCAGAGUAUUACAAAGACUUGGGACUCUCCUGGCCGCCCAUGGAGGCUGCUGUUGCUGGCGGUGGGGCUUCCGCAGCAGCCUUGUCCCUCGAACGGACAUCGCAGGGGGCUGCCGGCUGUUGCAUAUUGGCCGAGAGGCCCAGGGGCCAUGGUGGAGUGCUUCCCCAGGCCCCCUGCCCCUGUGGCCCCGAGGGGCAGGCCAGCUUGGACGUGACACCUCACUACCUGGAUGCCGACUGUGCCUGCUCAUGCGGAGCCGGGGGCCGGGGGGUCUUCUCUGGGGAGGAGUCAGGAGCUGCCCCAGAGGGCACAGAAGCCUUCCCCAUUUUGGCCCGGUCCAUGUCCACCUCUCGGAGGCACAGCUGGGAGGCACCCAUGUCUCCAACGGACGGCCAGCGCAGGUUCAGCCUGGAUGCCUCCGAAAUGGGAAGCGACAUGGAGCAGGAGGAGGACGAAAAGGAGAAGCCGCCUCUUGAGCCACACGCACCUCUAGCAGGACUAGCAGCUUGGAGCGGCGGCGGCGGCAGCAGCACCGUGAUCAAAGUGGAGAUCGAGCCCUUGUGCCUGGACCUGGGCCUCAUCCAGAAGCCUGGCAAAGCCGGUUUCAGCAGUGGCGGAGGGAAGCGGGUGAGGUCCAAGUCCGUCCCGGCCCCCUGUGAUGGCGCCUCCUCCUUGCGCAUGUCCCGCAGCCUGGAGGUCUCGCUUCCAGUCACCGUGGGGAUCGCGCCACCUGUGCUGGAGCUGAUUGAAAAGGACCAGGUAGCCCCGGAGCAAGUGCUGAUGGUGCAACAGGUGCUGAAGGAGCUGACUCAGUACCACGGGGCGAAGCACGGGCUGUGCGCCCCUGAAGGCAACGGCGAAGCCCCGCAGAACUUGACCUGGUUUGAGUUCCUGUCUAACGAGACUGAAGACAGCGGGAAGAGCGACAAGGCCGAGAGAGGGACCAAGGUGAGGCGCCGCUUGAGCAACCUCCGCAACCGGGUCACCGGAUCGUGGCAGAAGGAGAAGGGUAAGAGCAAGAAGGAGGUGGCGGAGGUGAAGGAGCGGCCGCGGGCACUGCAUGGGCAUGAGCUGACGCCGGGCGCCUUUUCAGCUGCCGCCUGCUGCUCCCUCUGCGGCAAGAGCCUGCUGAACAAAGCUGGGCUGCAGUGCUUGAAUUGUGCAGUAAACGUCCACAAAAACUGCAAGACUCUCUUGUCUGAAUGCAGCGGGACCCGACCCAAGCAAAGAGAUUCGUUCCUUCGCCCUCCAAGUUCCCCGCCCAGUUCGCUCCGGAGCUACAGCCCAGCCUCCGCCCUCCGGGAGCACCAUCCGCACGGAUCCCUCCUGGGCCCGGAUGGCGGCGCCCUCGGGAUGACGAUCGCGCAGAGGGGGAGCUCGCCCACGCCGCUGGCCGACGCAGCUUCCGUCAGGGCUGCCGCUAAGCCCGGGCUCACGGGGGGAGAGAUGGACGAGGGGGAUUCGGGGUUCCUGAAGCCAAAAGCGGCCUCCGAGGACGUCGUCUCCGUGGCCCCCUCCACAGCAGAAUCUGUCUUUGUGGAAGAUGCUCAGUAUGCCUCCUUGCGGAACGAGCUGGAGACGGACGCCCGGGAGUUUGAGGCCCCGUCCUGGAGCCUUGCUGUGGAGCCAGCCUACGCCAAGCAGCAGGAGAGGGAGGUCGCCAAGAGGCAAGACGUCAUCUACGAGCUGAUGCAGACCGAGAUGCACCACGUCCGGACGCUGAAGAUCAUGCUGAAGGUCUACUCGCGAGCCAUGCGGGAGGAGCUCCAGUUUGGCCAGGCCACCAUCCUCCGCCUCUUCCCCUGCGCGGACGAGCUGCUGGAGCUGCACGGAGCCUUCCUCUCGCAGCUGAAGGAGCUGCGGCAGGAGGCGCUGGAGGAAGGCAGCGAGAGGAACUACGUCGUCCAGCGGAUCGGGGCCCUCCUGGUGCAGCAGUUCUCAGGGGAGACGGGCGAGCUCGUGAAGGAGAAGUACGGCGUCUUCUGCAGCAGCCACGGAGAGGCCGUCGCCCACUACAAAGAGCUCCUGCAACAGAGCAAAAAGUUCCAGAACCUGAUCAAGAGAAUUAGCAACUCUUCCAUCGUGCGGCGGCUCGGGGUCCAGGAGUGCAACCUGUUGGUGACGCAGCGCAUCAUGAAAUACCCCGUCCUGGUGGAGCGCAUCAUUCAGAACACGGAAGCCAGCACCCAGGAGUACGAGGACCUGACGCGGGCGCUGGCGCUGAUCAAGGAGGUCAUCACGGCCGUCGACGCCAAGGUCAACGAGAACGAGAAGGGGCAGCGCCUGCGCGAGAUGGUGACCAAGAUGGAGAUGAAGUCUUCGGGAAAGUUCAAGAACGGCCUGGUCUUCCGCAAGGAGGACAUGCUCCAAAGGCGGCUCCUGGUGGACGGCGUUCUGUGCUGGAAGGCGGCCUCCGGGCGCCUCAAAGAGAUCCUGGCCGUGCUGCUGACCGACGUGCUGUUGCUGCUGCAGGAGAAAGACCAGAAGUACACGUUCGCCUCUGUGGACGCGAAGCCGCCGGUGAUCUCUCUGCAGAAGCUGAUCGUCCGGGAAGUGGCCAACGAAGAGAAGGCCAUGUUUCUCAUCAGCGCCUCCCUUAAGGGGCCGGAGAUGUACGAGAUUCACACCGCCUCCAAGGAGGAGAGGAAUUUCUGGAUGGCACAAAUCCGCCGGGCGGUGGAGAGCUGUCCCGACGAGGAGGAGGAGAUUCUUGCUGACCCCGAAGAGGAGCGGAGGCAGGCUGAGGCGAGGGCAAUGAAGCUGAAGGAAUUCCAAGACCGCCUGAGCCAAAAGGACGAGCAGAUCUUGCAGAGCCUGAGCGACAAGCAGCAGAUCUACCUAGAGAUGGCAGAGAUGAACGGGUUCGAGGACCCGGCUCCCGGCUCCCGGCCCCGGCUCAUCGGCAGGGCAGACUCCCCGGAGAGCCUUCAGGGGGAGGCGAUCCUCAAGAGGGCGGUGGCCGAAGUGGAAGGUCUGCAGAGCCUGAUCUUCACCCAGCUAGGGGGGUCCGCGGCCCCCGCCCGCCCCGAGGACACCACCGGUGGGUCGAGCCUGCUGAGGCGCGCGGAGACCUUUGGGGGGUAUGACAGCGCCGCGGCCGGCCUGGCCAAAAUGGGCAGUUUCAAGAGGAAGGUCUGCGGCGGGGAGCAGCGCCUACGGGACCGCCGAGCCCCCCCUGCCAACCUGGAGGACCCCCCCUCGUCCGGAGGAGAGGAAGGGCUGCGAUUGGGUGACAGUAUAAGGCAGGAGCGCCCCGGCGGUUUCCUGGAAACGGAGUCGGAGCUCGUCCAAAGGAUACAGACUCUCUCCCAGUUGCUUCUUAGCCUCCAGGCCGUCAUGGCCCAGCAAGACAGCUACCUGGAGGUCCAGCGGAGCGCCCUGCUCGACCGGGAGCGCCAGUUCCGCCUGCAGUCGACGCGGGGCAACCUGCUUCUGGAGCAGGAGCGUCAGCGCAACUUUGAGAAGCAGCGCGAGGAGCUGGCCCACGUCCAGAAGCUGCAGGGCCAGCUCAAGGCGGAGCAGCGGCGCUGGGAGAGGGAGCGGGAGCGGCAGAGGAAGGAGGCGGAGGCGGCCGAGGCCCGGCUGCGCGGGCGAGAGGACGAGGCCCGCCAGCUGAGGGAGCGGCUGGGCCAGGAGCGCGAGGAGCUGGAGCGCCAGAGAGAGGCCUACCAGCACGACCUGGAGCGCCUCCGCGAGGCCCAGCGGGCCGUCGAGAGGGAGAGGGAGCGCUUGGAGCAGCAGCAGCGCCGGCUCAAGAAGCACAGCGCUGCCGCCUUUUCGCCACCAGAGGCAGGGCAGGGACCCUUGAGCCACUCUGCCAGCUUCAACGGAGAAGGCCUGGAGGGCAAGCCGGGCGGGCGAGGCAGCGUCUCCGCAAUGGACUACCUGGAGCGGGCGGAGUUGGUCCGCCGAGACAGCGCUGCCUCUCCCGCGCUGGAGGGGGUCCGCCCGGUGCUGCCCCUCAAGACGGAGGUGCCCCUGCAUCUCCUGAGCGCCACCAACCAGAUCCAGAAGCAGGCAGCCGUUCAGCAGCAGAUCCCCACCAAGCUGGCGGCCUUCACAAAGGGCAGCAAGGAGAAGGCGGGGAAGGGCUCUGCCAAGGCCUCCCACCGGACGGAGAGCUCGGCGUCGGUCGACCUGAGGCAGCUCCUUCCCCGGUCGGCUGGCAAGGAUGACCCUCUCUCCCGCAGCCGCAGCUCCAUGAGCCCCGUCUUUCCACACAGCCAGAACGUGGCCUUCCUGCCAGAGCCGCCUGCCGAGGGCGCCCUGCCCGAAGCCCUGCCCCCCGCCGCCGCCAACCUCUUCAAGCCCAACAGCGUCCACGCCCUCCCGCCAACCCCGGACGAUCUCGCCAAGGAGGACGUCAUUUUUUUCUGACGCGCACCAGGACGCUCGGCCUCCAAGGGACCGUGCCCCCUUUCGCUCGCCAGGACAGAGGCCGGAAAACAGCAGCGAGGACAUUGUGUUGUUUUUUUGGGGGGGGAGAAGGGGUCUUUCUCCGGACAGUCGUUCAGCCGCACACGGGCACCCCGACUUCACACGCCUCGCUUUCUCUGGGGCAGAAGCUGCUGUGGUCGUGGCAUUGCGGUCGUUUUUUAAGCACCUUCUCCAGCGGAGAGAGAGACAGAGAGCAGAGUUUGCCAACAGAGGUGCCGGGUCGG